GCCCGUGGGUGUGUGUGUGCGCGCAUGAGGACAGAACACCAGUUGCUCCCGAGUGUGUUUUUGCGUGUGAGCGAGCUGCACUUGUCGUAACCGACGGAUGCUCAAGAAAAGAAACCGUCCGACAAAAGAGGACAGGAGUGUAAAGAAAAGAGCAAAUACUGAAAACAGCAUGAGAAAAAAAGUGGUUUCAUUAGAAAUGAAGAAAGAAACUCAAAGGUUUGGAACCUCCUGAGGGUAUCUUCCUCUGAACUCCACAUAAGAAAGUCUGAAGUAGAAUAUUCAUCAUACGCUUGGCUGUAUCUGCUUCAUGAGAUACCAGGCAUGACCCUCUCUCGGCACAGAUAAACCUGCUUCCUCCAGCCUUCAACCUGGUUAUUACUGUGUCCACAGAGCAUAAGAUGGAUGAUAUUGAUUAUUACAGAAGCAAGCCUCUGGCAGAGGAAUCAAAUUUCCAGACCACAAACUAUGACGCCAUCAGUAUUGACGAAUGCCAUUAUAAUGUGCUGCGUGACGAUCUGGAGUCCGAUGCUCGGGACUUUGAGGCUCCGACCUGGAGUUUAGCUGUUGACCCACAAUAUUUGAAAAACUUUUCCAAAGAUGCCGUCAAAAGACAGGAUGUAAUACACGAGCUGAUUCAGACAGAAAUCAACCAUGUGCGGACGCUAAAGAUAGUUUUGAAUGUGUACAUUCGGGAGUUGCGUAACACCCUACAAAUGGAUGAGACACGACUGGAAAGGCUGUUUCCACAGGUGGAAAACCUGCUGGAGGUGCACCAGUUUUUCCUUGACAAUCUUAAACUGCGAAGACUUGACUCUAUGGAGCCUGGAAGCUCCCAGAAUUACUGCAUCCACAAUCUUGGGGACAUCCUUAUCACACAGUUCUCUGGUGAAAUAGGAAGCAGACUGCGGUACCUCUAUGGCAUGUUCUGCAGUCGUCACACCGAUGCGGUCAACUUCUACAAAGACUUGAUGCAAAACAACAAGAAGUUCCAAAAUUUGAUACGAAAAAUAUGUCAGCUGUCCAUUGUACGGCGAUUAGGAAUACCAGAGAUUAUUCUCCUUAUAACUCAGCGCAUCACUAAGUACCCGGUUCUGUUUGAACGUGUCAUUAAGUACACUGAAGAUGAGUCAGAAGAACAAAUGGACCUGAUAAAAGGGCUGGACUUUCUGAAGGACACCAUAGCACAAGUGAAUGCUCAUGUGGACGAGGCUGAGAAAGAGGCACGACUGAGAGAACUUAGCAGUAAACUGGAGCCCAAGUCCCAGGUGAAGAUGACCAGUGGGAGGGUGUUUCGUCGAGAGGACAUGCUGCAGGGAAAGAGGAAGCUGCUUCAUGAGGGCAUGCUCAACUGGAGGGUCACGAACAACAAAGGCAAAGGUGAUAAGCAUACAGAUGUUAUCGUCUUGCUGUUGUCUGAUGUUUUGCUGCUUUUACUGGAGAAAGAUUCCAGGCUUACCUUUGCCUCUCUGGACGGUAAGCCUGCUGUGAUCUCUCUGCUGAAGCUCAUUGUACGUGAAGCAGCUCACAACGAGAAGGCCAUGUUUCUUAUCUCAGCUUCUUUGGACACUCCUGAGAUGUACGAGUUUCACACCUCCUCUGCAGAAGAGCGCAACACCUGGACAAACAAGAUUUGGAAGGCAGUGGAGUGCUGUCCAGACGUAAAGGAAGAAGAGCCAGAAGAACUCCCUAAGAAGAUCUGGGAAUUUCAAAGAAAGCUGUGUGUGCACGAUGCCUCGAUAGAGCAGCACCUGACAGAGAAGCUGAAGUUAUUCUCCAGCAUAGCAGCUUCAGUGACUGGUGUUUCUGACACCUCGACGAGUGAGCGCCAUCCGCUACGUGGGAAUGCAGCAGAGCCCCUGCAGGGAGAACGACUACUCACCGGAGCCCUGAAAGAUGUGGAGAAUCUACAGAACUUGCUGGUGAUGUGUGAGCAGGGCCCAACUCCUUUCACUAGUAAGGCAACAGAUCUGGUCCUGAAGAAGCCCCAUGCUGACACAGGCUUGGAGAACAAUACUCACAUGUUACCUGAAAAUGGUUUUGAGAGUUCAAUGGAAAGCAUGGGAGACAGAAUUCAGGUGGCCAACCCAGACUUGGACCCUCAGCUAAGAGAACUUCAUUUAAGUGAGAACCAGGAGCUGUCGGCAGAUGAGAAUUUGUCAGUUCACUUUCCUAAAGCAGAGUUUUAUUCCACUGUAUCUCAGUUGUCUCGGAAACUCUACAGCCUUCAGUCUGUGGUCCAGCAGCUAGAAAGCCACAUCAAGGUUCAGCAUGCCACUAUUGAGGAGCUGAAGUCCCGACCACGGGGAAACUCUCUCUUGGAACAGGAAAAGCACCGGAACCUGCACAAGCAGAAUGAGGAGCUGGCCAACUUCCAGCGGCUCCAGAACCAGCGCCUACAGGAGCAGAGACAGUGGGAGCAGGAGAGAGAGAGGCAGAUGCUGCAGGCUGAGGCCAGGGAGAAAGAGCUGAGGGAGAGAGAGAUGGCAUGCAGCAGACAGGAGGAAAUGCUGGCUGGGGAAAAACAAGAACUGGCCCGGUGUAGAGAAGAAUACCAGCAAGAUCUGGAGAGGCUGCGAGAGUCCAUGCGCUCUGUGGAGAAGGAGAAAGAAAAACUAGAGCUGCUGAAAAAAUAUAAGAAAAAUGAGAAUGUGUCUGCAGUCUAUCCGCUUGAAAAUGAACAGAUACAGAUACCCCCACCUUACCCUAUGUUGAACAUAGUUUCUCCAGGCUUCACAGAGAGGGCUCCUUUAGUUCCCCCACGCAGAGAGAGCAUCACUGGUUCACUUGUUAAACCAGAAGUGCCCAUCCACCUCAUUAGCACCACCAACCAAACCCUCAAAGCUGGCUCUGUCCAACAGAAGAUACCCACCAAACUUGCUGCUCAACCUAAAGGCAAAGAGAAGCACAGCAAACACAGGAACUCCCACCAACGCACCAACAGCGCAGCUGGCAUAGAGGUGUCUCAUGUCGUUCCCAUCAAAGUUGCAGGAAGGGAGGGAGGCAGUUUAAAAGCCAUCAGGUCCAGCAGUCCUCAUCAUCUCCAUCCAGAUUUAUUUACCCAUCCAGAUAAGUUGUCCAGCUCCGUUUCUUCUCAUUCAGGAAACUCCAGCCGGAAGCACAACCACAGUCAUAACUCUCACACUACUAGCACACACAGCACCCAUUCAGGACAUCGUAAAACCAAAGACAGCCCAAAUGCAGAAGACAUUUUUUUCUUUUAAUUCUCCUGCGUGAUCUGUGUGACUAUAAUACGGAUGCAGAAAGUGACCGUUAUUUCACAGACAUGACCUACACUGGAGGAAUUCAUGUCUUUCAAAGAAUUACAAUCAAUUCUUUUCUGCUUUUAUUCUGACUUAAAUUCUGUUGAAUUGAUAUAAGGCAUUUACACGGUUGGGUAAAAAUAAUCUAUUUAGGAGGAAACUCGAUCAUACCUAGCUGAGAGAGUUUAAUGGCUCUUAUUAAAUCGGUUUCAUUUUUGUGGUCUUAACAGCUGACAGUAUCUCUUAGUAUCUGUAAAAUCAUGUUCCGAUCCAUUGCAGAGCAGUCAUUAAUGAUUUGUCAUUCCUGUAAAUAGCCAGUUUUAGUUAUUUAUUUAUUGUGAUUUUAAUUCAGGGAUGUUUGAUCCUCUAAGCCAGGGGUCACCAAUCUCGGUCCUGGAGGGCCAGUGUCCCUGCAGGGUUUAGCUCUAAAUUGCCUCAACACACCUGCCUGGAUGUUCCAAUUAUACCAAGUAAGACAUUGAUUGGCUUGUUCAGGUGUGUUUGAUAAGGGUUGGAGCUAAAAUCUGCAGGACACUGGCCAUCCAGGAACAAGUUUGAUGCUCUAAGCAUUACACUGGAAAGUCUUAUAAUGGUAGAUCUAUUUAAUGUGUGGAAUAUGGUUUGUUUAAAGUGUAAAUGUCCUUUCUGGGCUUCUGUCAACUGGAAACUUGUUAUAUUUGAGCAAAUAUUUUCUAGUAUUUUAGAACAAAUAGCCUUGAAUGUUUUUCUAUGACGGGAUAGAUGCGCUUCACUACUAGAUGUAAAAUGUAUCAUGGCUUAUAUUAUUUUUAAUUUCAUUCGAGUGAGAUGCUGUUUAGCCUGGAAAUGAUGCUGUUGGGUCCCUAUUUUGUACAUUUUUUAUUUUGAGAAAAUACCAAUGGUCUUAAUGAGCAAUUGUACAUUUAUAAAUGAUGCAGAGCAAAUACUGCUUUCUUGGUUCUCCAAAAGAGAAAGUUGUGCACUUUUAAGUGCUUGUUAACUGCUCAAUUACAUGAACAAACAUAAAAAUGUGUGCUCAGUUUUACUUUACAUUACUUGUCUUUACUAUAAAAAUAUACUGUAUAAUAAUGAGAUAACAAAA